GUAAGAGCGGGUACCUGUUUUGGGGAAAACGUGACGUAUCGCCUUGUGUACACAUAACGACCACGCAGAGUGAUAAGUCAAUCGAUUGAGAUUCCACUUUACGACAAUUUCGAUUUGUGACGUCAUGGAUGCUGGGAUGAAUAUUCAAUACCGAGUCUGCCAUUUUGGAUCCAUAAUAGGAAAAAGCGAGUUGACCAUAUUGUAAAAUUCUUCACCCUUUUCACGACCUUUUCGGGUUCCUGGACUGAUCAUAACCAUGAGAGAGUGAUGAGGACCGAACUGUGGGGAAUUUGGGGGAUCGUCUUGGGCCUAAUUUUGCCCGGGAACAGCUUUAGUUACGGCUAUCCCCAAGAUUCAGUGUAUCCAUUAGGAACUGUUGGUUGCCUGUUUACAAACCAGUUAUGUGGGAUAGAAGAGGUCUGCAUAGAUGAUCUGCUGUUUGGUAACUGCCAGAGAUUGGACAGGAGCCAGGACCUCCAUCAGUAUCGCCUCAAUGAGGAGGCGCUGUCUGCCCUGGAGGAGCACAUCCUCCACCUGAUCACCUCGGGCUACACCUGGAGGGACCCCUACACCCAGUGUGUCCUCCAAAACGCCCUCCUGGCCAGCCGUAGGCAGGUGCCCUUCAAGCGUUACGUGUGCAAGCUCGCCUCGAAUGAGGACAGGGUUAGUGGUGAGAUGGGCAGGUACCUCGAGCAGAUCUUUCAGGACUACUACGACUCCUACAAGCCAUCUGCGAUUCCUCCGGAAGAGAAGCGAGAUGAUGACGUCAUUCACGUCCAUAAAUAUUUCGAGAAGGAGCCAGGGGAGGAGAAGGGAUUCUCUGAUAACUAUAGUUACGAGGACAAAGUGAACCUCCUCGAGGACUUAAAAUUUCUUGGUGCUGACAACAUAAGCUUAAAAGAUAUCCAGGCGCUGCAGUAUUAUUUAGAGUCCAUUAGAAAUAGUGAAGAUGGAGGGAAGGGAUUAUAUGGGGAUUAUUAUGUACCAGAUGUACAGAGAAAAGAGCAAGGGUACGAUAAUAAUGGAGGGGAGUGGGUGGAGAAAGAGCACCUGCCUCAGGGAGCCUCCUCACAGUGGACCUCAGCAAGUCAAGAUGACCAAGCAGUUUAUCCUUUUGAUGCAGAAAAAGAAGAAAUUCUGAAUAAAUUGAAAUCAGGUGAGAUUUCAACCAGUGCUCUCUCUGAUGAAGAAAUCACAGAUCUGAUAAACUAUAUCAAUGAAAGACUACCCCCAGACAGCAAAAACAAAGCAACAAAUGAUCUUCACUUAAGUAACAGUGAUGAUGAUUGGUCAAAAUCCAGACCAAUGGGAGAAGGCCUUAUUGGAUCUGAGGACCAAAUGGGGAAUUGGGCUGAGGAUCAUGAGAUGGACGGAGGAAAUGAAGAUAUAAAUAGGAAGAUGGAUGAUACCAAGGAAGAAAAUGGAAGCUUGGAGACCGAUGGGACAGAAGAGGAAGAUACUAAAGAAAAGAAGAAUGUGGAGACGAUGAUGGGACUGGUGACCAGGAUGGGCGCCACUAGCACCACCAGCACCACUGGCACCACCAGCACCACCCAGAACACCAAGAAACCCAUACAGACAGACAUCUACUGGAUACAGAUGGGUGGCAAAUUAAAUGGAGAGCAGGCUGAGACAAUUCUGAAGAUGAUCAAUGAAGCAUUAGAAGAGGAGCAGGCCAACAUCAAAAUCAUCAAAGCUGAGAGAGAUGAAGAAAAUGGCCGUCUGACAUUGAAAAUCAACACCACUGACCCAAAUGUUCCAUUUAAGACCACCAUUGAGAACAUAAAGGAUAAGGUGAAUAAGAAGUUGGGACUGGCCAUAGAAGAUGUUGGUAUGGGGAGCCAUGAUAACCCCGUCAGUCUGCGCGUCUCUGAUGACAGGUACAUCGUACUCAGCUUUGUCCUGUGUGGAUGUAUCGCCGGCAUUCUCCUGGCUUCUGUCAUCAUAUUUCUCAUACGGAGGAACUCCAAAUCGAAAAAGAAGUUGGCACAGCUGUCGGGAACUACAGGGGAGGGAAAUGAACCUUCUCAGGACUAUCAGGAUCUCUGCCGUCAGAGGAUGCAAGGCAAGUCAUCAGAGAAGCCAGAACCGCUUCACGCGGCGUCACGGAUUGGGAGCAUGUCCGGAGAGCAGGUCCGCAGUCCAUCCAGUCGGAGCAGCACCUCCUCAUGGAGUGAAGAGCCAGUUACCUCAAACAUGGACAUCUCUACUGGACACAUCGUGUUGUCGUACAUGGAGGAUCACCUGAAGAAUAAGGACCGGCUGGACAGAGAGUGGGAGGGGCUGUGUAGCUACGAGGCCGACCCCUCCAGUACCGACGUGGCCAACGACCCCGCCAACAUCCGCAAAAACCGCUACAGUGACACUGUGCCCUAUGACCAUUCACGUGUGGUUUUGUCCACUAACAGUAAUGCAUCUAGUUCAGACUACAUCAACGCUAGCACAAUCACGGAUCAUGACCCGAGGAAUCCAGCCUACAUAGCCACCCAGGGUCCCCUGCCCCACACAGUGGCCGACUUCUGGCAGAUGGUUUGGGAGCAGGGCAGUGUCGUUAUUGUGAUGUUGACGCGACUGACGGAGAACGGGGAGGCCAUGUGUUACCGUUAUUGGCCGGAGGAAGGAAGUGACUUGUAUCAUAUCUAUGAAGUUCAUCUGGUGUCAGAACAUAUAUGGUGUGAUGACUAUUUAGUUAGAAGCUUUUACCUGAAGAACUUACAGACCAAUGAGACUCGGACGGUCACACAGUUCCACUACCUGACCUGGCCCGACCUGGGGGUUCCCAAGUCCAUCAAAGCUCUGCUUGAUUUCAGAAGGAAGGUGAACAAGUCCUACAGGGGGAGAUCUUGUCCUAUUGUUGUACACUGCAGUGAUGGUUGUGGAAGAACAGGAACGUAUACUCUUAUUGACAUGGUUCUGAACCGCAUGGCAAAAGGAGCCAAGGAAAUAGACAUAGCAGCCACACUGGAACACAUCAGGGAUCAGAGGAAAAACAUGGUGAAAACUAAGGAACAGUUCCAGUUUGCUCUGGCUGCAGUUGCAGAGGAAGUUCACGCUAUACUGAAGGCGCUACCGCAGUAAUGUCCCCUUACAUCACCAGAUGGGGCUCUCUAGUCACUCAGCUCAUCUCCAUGGAAAUAGUCAUCUUAGUGUCCCUGUUACUGUUAUAGAUAGUCUCAUGUCCAUCACCUGGAAUUAUCAAUGAUGUCAAAAGUAUAUACAUAAAAAUAUAUCUAUAUAUAUUAUACCCCCAGUGUGAAGUCGACACACAUUAUAUUUUUUUUGUUGUGGUCUCAACUUAAUUGCUCUAAACAAUCACAUUUUGAUGAGAUUUUAUGCAGGGAUGAACCUUAGGUGUAUGUGGGAAAAAAACUUUACAAUGGUUGAAGAAGAAUUGUGUUUCUGAAAGAAGAAGUUUGUUUUGUUUUAUUUUAACAUUUUUUUUGUUCUUCUGAAGAUAAAAUUUGCAAUUCUGAAAUGUUUUACAAUCUGUUACGGAUUUUCAAAACCACUUUCAAGAAAAUACUUUUAAUGCUUGUAAUGAUUUUGAAAAGAAUAUUUUACCAGUCUAGCUUUAGUGAAUUUAUUGGGUUUCAGGGCAUUUACAAACAGAGAAUUUCAUGGAAAUUGAGGAGAAUAAAAUUCCUCAAUAAAAACAUUAUACUUUCUAGAUUACUCAAUGUCAUAAGGAAAAUUUAAUAUAUUUCCAGCUGGAUUCAGUUUUCCCACCUAUCUUUUUCCUGUUAGUGCCCAUUUUAUUUUUGAUCUACAAUGUGCUAUAUUAAAAUGUCAUGUCUCUCAAUAGGUGAUAUACUUUGAUAUAUCUAUUUAUAAAUCUCUAUAUAUUUGUUAAGUUUGAAGAUUUUAUAUGUUUUCUAUUUAUAAUUAUGACAUUGUUGUGGCUCAACCUCUUGUUUGUAACUAAUUAUAAACAAUGAUGAAAAUAAAAUUUAAAAUGUUUAUUAUGGUGAAAAUUAUUUUUGUGAUGUUGAUUCUUAAAAUUGUGAUCAAAUUUUGCUUUAAAGUUGAAGUUUAAGAGUAAAAUUUCAGGACAGAGUUGCAAAAAUGCUUUUUUGCUGACAAUUGUUAUUUUCCUGUUAAACAUUGGCUUUAGCUGAAAAAAAUUAAAUUAACUUUUUUUGCAACUGGGUCCUAUGAUUGUUUAUUAUCUUGUGCAAUAGAGUUACUUAAGAAGAUGUGUUCAACAUUUUACUUUAAUAUUUAUAUUUAUACCACUUUUUCACAUUGGCAAAAUAUGGACACCUUCUAAGGGAAGAAAUUAACUGUAGAGGAGUACCUCCUGUACUUUGAUUAUGAUACACAUAAAUUUUAUUCCUCACAAGUUUAUGAAAAAAAUAACAAAUCAUGAUUAUGUAAGAUUAAAAAAUUAUGCAAUCUUGAAAAAAGAAAACAAUGCAAGAAUUCUGUAAAAUUGAAUUUUAUAUAAAAAAAAAUUUAUAGACUCUUGUUCAUUCUUUAAUAUUUGUAGAUAUAUUUUGAUAAAACUUAAACACAAGGCUUUUUUCUUUUUCUUUUUUUUUUUUUGAAUAUGUAUUGGCAAUCCAGUGAAAGCUGUUUUGGAGAGAACACUGUAGUAUUUCAUAUCCCACCUCAAUUUUACUUGUGUAACUUUUGUUAUUGAUAUUUGUUAUGUAGCUACCCUUUUGUAUUUGAAGUAUUUUUUCCCAAUAUUUUUUACAUGCUCUUUGAAUUAUUUUUCAAUGAUGAUUAAAGCAAUGGAAUUGCUGUUAUGUAAAAUUCUAUCUGUCAUUUUCUUUGUUGUCUGUUACGGAUUUUAGGAAGGAUUAAAAAAAUUGAGUUUGUGAAUUUAAAUAUUAAUUUUUAUCUUCAUGAAAAGAAACAAAUUUAAAUGAUGUAGUUUAUGGGUAAAAACAGUGAUUUUGAUGAGUGAACAUUAUUUUUUUAAGCAAAAUUAGUUUUUCUUAUACAUGUAAUGUGACUUGUCGAUUUUUCUUCUGUUUUUUAGGUAUAUAAAAAUAGUUAAAUUUUGACCAAGACUUCUAAAAAAGAAAAUUAACUUUAUAAAUGAUGGAAGUAAUCUUGCAGAGCAAAUAAGGUACUGACUUUAGAGCCUUUUUACCAUUCCUGAUAUUUUUUUCUGACGUACACUCUUAAUUUGUGCAUUACCUCUGUAACUUUGUAUUAAUGUAGUGUACUAAACGUAAAAAUAAAGUGUUGAUGCAAUAUUGA